AUGUCCCGCCAAAUCAACCAACCGAUCAAUCAAGUCCGGCUUACGAAUGUGGCAGUGGUUCGUAUGAACAAGGGCGGGAAACGCUUCGAGAUUGCCUGCUACCGCAACAAGGUGAUGGAUUACCGUCAAGGUUUGGAGACGGAUUUGAGUGAAGUCUUGCAGACGGAUCGUAUUUUUGCCAAUGUCAGUAAAGGCGAAUUUGCCAAACAUGCCGAUUUGCAAAAAGUAUUUGGCACAAAAAAUGAAGAAUCCAUCGCCCAGACCAUUUUGACCAAAGGGGCGCUGCAAGUGAGCGAUUUGGAACGUCAAGCGCAAUUGGAAAAUACACUGGCACAAAUUGCUACGUGGGUCGCCAGUCAUUGUGUCCAUCCUACAUCGCAACGACCGUAUACUAUUUCGCAAGUCAAGUACGCACUGGGCAAACAGUACCAAGUCCAACCGCACAAACCCAUCAAAAAACAAUAUUUGGAUUGUGUCAAAUUUUUAAAAACCAAAAUUCCGAUUGAACGAGCCAAAAUGGAAUUGGCUCUUUCUUAUUCCACAACUACUCCAGAAGCACAAGAACAACUGGAGAAACUCAUUGCGGACCAUGAAUCACUCAGUCUUACACAACAAACAAGCAACAGCGACAACGAAUUGACCCGAUGUGUCUUGUUGGCCGAUCCCAGUUUGUACCGUCUCCUGGAUGAUUUGGCCAAGACGUUGCCUGAGGGCAAGUUAGAAAUUCUACGACAAGUUGUGACACUCGAAGGCGAUGUCGAUCUAGAAAUGGAAAUUGAACGCAAAAAUCAAUUGCAGCAGCAGCAACAGCAACAACAACAAUCAUCCAAUAAGAAAGAAGAGGAUAGCAGUGAGGAAGAUACUGCUGCUGCCAUUUUAACCCAGCAAAUGGCUCGAAAGGCAACUAUUCAAGAUGACGACGACGACAGCAAUGACAGCCAAGAAGAAACAGCCCCUCCAAACGAUGAUGAUGGUGACGACGACGACGAGAUCAUGGUGGUUCCCGUCAAUUCUCGCAAACAAAAGAAGAAACAGAACAAAAAAGCCAAACGAAGACAACAGCAGCAACAGCAAUCAUCCAACGCACAAGACGAUGACAGCAGUGAAGAAGAGGAUGCUGAUGCACAAGUGGCUCCAAAGGCAACGAUCGAAAACGACAGCGACGACGACGAGAGCCAAGAAGAAGCACCGCCUCCAAACGAUGACGACGAGAACUUGGUCAUUGCCGCCAAUCGUAAACAACAACAACAACAACAAUCCAAACAAAACAAGAAGCUAAGCAAAAAGGCCAAACGACGACUACGAGAAGAACAAGCCGAACGAGACGCACAAAAACAAGCCGAACAGCAACGACAAGCGGAACGCAACAAGCUUCAGCCGAUUGUCCAGGCCAAUGCCGCAGUCGCAGCGGAAUCAGCAACUACAGGCGCCGUCAAAUCCUGCAACACGUGUGGCGGCAGUUUUCCCAAUGCGGCCGCUUAUCGUGCCCAUUUCAAGAGCGAUUGGCAUCGAUUCAAUCAAAAACUGAAAAUGGCGGGACGGCCACCCGUUAGUGAACGAGAAUUCACACUCUGUGAUGCCGAAUCCUUCUUUGGGGCGUCCUAA